UGCCGUUUGAGAUGUUUUCUGAACGUGUGAUCCUGGAAUUUCGAGCUCCUUACAGCUUCAUCUAUGGAGUGAUGAUCGCCAUAGCCAAUUGGGUUCAAGCCUUUCCUGACAGGAAGGGCUUCAAUCACCCAGCGACAUUUGACUUAGACUCGCAAGGCAGAGUCUGCUUCACUGCGAAGACCUUCAAGCACCGUGCACGGCUGCGUCAGCGGGAUGAGCGCUCAUGACAAGACCAGCCUCACGAAAUCGGUGAUAGAGCUGCUUGUGAAGGGGAACGCACGCGCUGCUGAUGCCAUGCUGGACGCAGCUUCGCAGCCGGGCCCCAGGAACACGUGCAACAAGAUGUUCUACCACAAGUUGAUCCACGGCUUCGCCAGGGCGGGCAGCCCCGACGGCGCAUGCUGGGUGGUUGAACGCAUGGUGCGUUCGGGCAUGCAGCCCAACGCCGUCACCUUCAACACCGUCAUGGACGCCUGCGCGAAGGCAGCAGACCCGGCCCGUGCAGCCUUCUGGUUUGACCAGAUGGUGGCCAACGACGUCCAACCCAACGGCAUCACGUGGCGGACAACACCAUGAUAAACGCUUGCGCCCGCGCCCGCGACCCAGCUGCCGUGGAGGUAUGGAUGAAGAGGAUGAUCGACGACGGCAUCGAGCCUGGCGUCGUGUCUUUUGGUGCCUUGAUCGACGUUUUCGCCAAGACUGGCAAAAUUAUCCAGGCGGAAGCAUGGUUUGAGGAGAUGAUGCGGUUCGGGGUGACCCCCGACGCGGUGACCUUCAACGCUCUCAUCAACGCUUGCGCAAAAGUGUCGGACCCGGCCAAGGCGGAAUAUUGGCUCCACCAGAUGGGGGAGGCCAACCUCCGCCCCGACGAGAAAACCUACAACAGCGUUAUCAGCGCAUGCGCCAAGCUAGGCCUUGUCGAUCGAGCCGAGUAUUGGUUCGGCCAAAUGACCAGGAAAGGCAUCAAGCUCGACACUAUCGGAUUUGCAGCUGUCAUGCACGCAUGUGCCAAGGUUGGUGAUGUGGCCAGGGCAGAGUACUGGUUCGAGGAGAUGCUGCUCAACAAGCUCGCCCCGAAUCUGGUGUGCUACAACACCAUGUUGCACGCGUGCGCACAGAAGGGCGACUCCAAUGCAGCUGAACAGUGGUUCAGCAGUCUCACAUCUAUGGGUCUCCAGCCCAACAAGAUUUCGUUCAACUGCAUGCUCAACGCCUCUGUGAAACAGGGGAACGUGUCCCAGAUGAAGUACUGGCUGGAAGAAAUGGUCUUCGCCGGGAGCCACCCUGACGGCGUGACCUUCUGCACCCUGGCCCGCGCUUUCUCUCCACCAGGCAUGGAGGGCAACUACAAGGCUACUGCCCAGAGCGAGAUCCUGGCGUGCAGCGCGAUCGUCGAGGCGUACGGCAAGGCCGGGAACCCCAGUGGCGCCAAGCAUUGGGUCGACCAGCGCACCAAGGCAUGCCGCACCGACGGCACCGCGCUGCAGCUGCCGGUGGACCCGCAGCCGCAGGGUGCCCGCCAGCCCUCUGGAGCCGGGGAGGGCCCCCGGGGCGCGGCGCGGCCCGGGACCUCGGAGGAGGGCGCAGCGUGGCAGCCCCGCGCGCCUCUGGCCAGCCGCUCCUGGGCGCCUGCGCACCCGCCCCCCCCGCCGCCGAGCGGCUGGCUCGAGAGGCCAGCGCAGCAGCCCCGCCCGCCGCUGCCGGGGGUGGGUGCCCAGGCCCCGCGGCCAGAACCUGCCCGGCCGCCCCCCGGCCUUGCGCCGCCGCUCGGCUGCUCGCCGGCGUCUUGGUGGCAGUCCACGCCGCGCACGCGCCCCCCGAGUGCCUCGCAGAGCUCGACACAUCCAGGCUCUGCGCUGUCUUCCACUGCCGUGGCGAUGGACGGGCUGCCGCAGGGCGCCACCGGGUGGGAGGGCCCCCUCGCGGCCCGCGGGUCGCAGGAGCCGGGCGGCACCAUGAACGAGCUGCCUGUCAUCUUACGUUUGAGCCUCUGAGAGGCUUUCGAUCGAGGAAUGAAGAGGCCGCAUAAGCAUAAAUUGUUGGCGCUCCGCGCGGAUUUCUUGGAUCUGCGCGGGGCUUUCUUCCCUUGUUCAAUCACGUAUACCUGACCACACUCGGAGCUUUACGAUGCCCUCUUGGCUAUGGUCGGUUGGAACUUUCGCAAGUUCUGGCCAGAUCCUGUAGCAGUGGCAAUGCAAAAGAAGGCAGGCUCAGAGAAGCGGGCCUGACGCAUGCGAGUUGUGUGUAUUCCAGCGCAUAUGACGCUUAAUGUGUCUCUGAAGGGAUCGAGAGGUGAUGCCGCCAGCAUCCAGGGCGCCACCCAGAGUAUUUCGCGUGCGAGCUGGCUUUUUCCCAGAGGUGUCGCUGCGAUGUGUCGCCAUUCGUUCCCGCGGCCCGGAACACUUGCCGAUUUGGUCGCGCGCAUGGAGGCAGUCAUUUGAUAGUUUCCUGCAUCCUGUCACGUUUACCACAAGUUCUAUGAUUCACCCCACCCAGGCACAAUUGUUCGCCAGCGCUUCUGUGACGGUCAACUCCGUGUCACUGGCUUGUCAGUGGUUAUUGACUGUGGCAGUAGGCCCAGUGAGCAUUGGAGGAGGAUGAGGACGGGGAUUGGGGGGAUCGAGCAUGUCAGUUGGGUCUCACCACCGCGAUCACUUGGUCGCAAUCUCCGAGUAGUGCGCCGCCUCCAGUCGAAGUCAUGGCCCGCGGCACGUGCAGAUGGUAACACGGGUUGGAAGUACGUGCCUGUUCAUUGUGAGUACCACUAUUCGAGGUUCUCGAUUUCUUGGACGGACUCCGUCUCUACGUAGAUCCCGACGGUUCGUCGCGCCAGCGGCCGUGGAUUCAAGCAGGCCUCGGUGUGCUGCUGCGUUUCCAGCCUGACCGUGCCGUCGGAGGGCGUCCUGUGGCCUUGAACGGUCGUUCGCCAGCCUGCAGUUGCGCAUGCCCCGGCCAGAAAUGCCGAUGCCAGACUGCACCGCUUGCGCUCGCCCGUCACCAGCGAAUGUUUCAAGAUGGUCCUGCUUGAGUUGCUCCGUUUGCAGACGAGACUGACGGUUCAGUCAUCUUUUUCAGGGUGCACGACCACGGCGAUGAUUUGUGCGAGGUUUGAUCGCGUACCUAGGGAAUUGUCGGUCGUGUUCUGUCCUUUGCGGCCUUGCACUGUGGUGCAAGCAUGCAGCGCCUGUCAUUGUUCUGACAGGGUUGCUUGCGCACCAGUCUCCGCCCAUCACCCGUUUCUUCAGCAUCACGUGCCCAGAAUCAGCAUGCCACGUCAUUGAGCAUCUUCCGCUGCGUGAGAAUCUGCAUUGUGAUAGAGGUGUGUGGCACAAUUUCCAAUACGCGGCACUCUUUCCCAUACACGCACUUCUUCCUGACUGGGUACCCGACAGCAGCUUGGAGGUUCCUGUUGCGACCCGCAGUGGCUGUGAAGUCAAGGGCGCCAGCCAUCCUGCCCGCGCAAGCGCAGCCCACAAUGAUGGAGCUGCGGAAGCCUGUUGUGCAGCCGCGGGGGGCGGAAAACCAAAUUAUCCUGGCGAAA